AUGGUCAAGAAGAGAAAGAACAACGGCCGCAACAAGAAGGGCCGCGGCCACGUCAAGCCCAUCCGGUGCUCCAACUGCUCGCGAUGCACCCCCAAGGACAAGGCCAUCAAGAGGUUCACCAUCCGCAACAUGGUUGAGUCAGCGGCGAUCCGUGAUAUUUCGGACGCCUCUGUCUUUGCAGAGUACACUGUUCCCAAGAUGUACCUUAAACUGCAGUACUGUGUGUCUUGCGCGAUCCACGGCAAGAUUGUCCGUGUCCGCUCCACCGAAGGCCGUCGCAACCGUGCUCCUCCCCCGCGCGUCCGCUACAACAAGGAUGGCAAGAAGGUGGUUCCUACCCAGAACCCCAAGACCGCCUAG